AUGAGGCACUCGAGAACGUACCAAGGCGUCACCGUACCCUCCAGUCAAAUCCCCUUCAACUGGGACUGUAAGCAGAAGUGGCGGAAGCAGAGGCAGAGCCAGAGCCAGAGCCAGAGCCAGAGCCAGAGCCAGAGCCAGAGCCAGAACCAGAGCCAGAACAGAAGCCAGAACCAGAGCCAGAUCCAGAAACAGAACCAGAACCAGAACCAGAACCAGAAGAAGACGCAGAACCAGAAGAAGACGCAGAAGCAGAAGCAGAAGCAGUAA